GACUCGUAGCGAACGUGUCUGGUAGCUGGAACAAGUGUGUUGAGUUAAAGUCAGUGCAAAGAAGAGCUACGCUUUAGGGAGUCCUUCAGCAUCGCUGCUGGCCGUGCGAUCUCCAGAGUCCUGGAAAGUAGCAACUCUCUCCUUCUGCUUGAAGAAUGGUUGUGUUCAGGCAGUUUGGGCUCCUUCUCUGGAAGAACUACAUUUUGCAGAAGCGGCAGAUCCUGGUGACACUCAUAGAAAUUUGCUUGCCAUUGCUGUUUGCUGCAAUCCUGAUAGCACUUCGUCACCGUGUGCAUUCAGUCAGCCACCCCAAUGCCACCAUCUACCCCAGGCAGUCGGUGCAGGAGCUGCCAUGGUUUUUUCGCUAUCGGCAGCCGAGCAACCCAUGGGAGCUGGCCUACGUCCCCUCCAACAGCACGGCUGUGAAGAGCAUUGCCGAGGCGGUGGAAAAGGCUUUGCAUGUCAAUAUCAAAGCUCACGGCUUUUCCUCAGAGAGGGAGUUUGAGGACUAUGUAAAGUUCAAUAACCACUCAGGCAAUGUGUUGGCCGCUAUUGUUUUCAAGCACCACUUCAAUCAGAGCAAAGACCCUUUGCCACUCCAGGUUGAUUACCAGCUGCGCUUCAAAUACAGCCCAAGGAAUGCCCCACGGAAUGAACAGACAGGCCUGAAUCCUAACCUUGACCGAGACUGGCACACCAGCUACCUGUUUCCACUUUUUCAGCUACCUGGCCCCAGGGAAGCCAAGUAUGCCGAUGGGGGAACACCUGGGUACUUCCGGGAGGGGUUUCUGGCAGUGCAGCAUGCUGUGGACAGAGCCAUCAUACAGUACCAUGCCAACGCCUCCAGCAGCAGUCUGCUGGAAAGGGUCACCGUGGUUGUGCGGCGCUUCCCCUACCCACCUUAUGUCAACGACCUCUUUCUCCUCGCCAUCCAGAACCAGCUGCCCCUGCUGCUCAUGCUGAGCUUCACCUACACCUCACUCAAUAUCGUCCGUGCCGUUGUGCAUGAGAAGGAGAAGAAGCUGAAGGAGUACAUGCGCAUGAUGGGCCUCAGCAACUGGCUGCACUGGAGUGCCUGGUUCCUCAUGUUCUUCCUCUUCCUCCUGGUGUCCAUCUUCUUUGUCACCCUGCUCUUCUGUAUCAAGGUCAGUGAGCAAGGGGCAGUGCUUACCAACAGUGACCCCACCCUGGUGUUCACCUUCCUGGCAUUCUUCUCCAUCUCCUCCAUCUCCUUCAGCUUCAUGGUCAGCACCUUCUUCUCCAGAGCUAAUGUUGCAGCUGCUGCCGGAGGAUUUCUGUAUUUUUUCUCCUACAUCCCUUACUUCUUCAUCUCCCCCCGCUAUGACCUGAUGUCUCACAGCCAGAAGCUAGCAUCCUGCCUCAUUUCCAACGUAGCCAUGGCCAUGGGGGCACAGCUCAUUGGCAUGUUUGAAGGCAAAGGGUCUGGCAUUCAGUGGAAGGACCUCAUGAAGCCCGUCAGCAUAGAUGACAACUUCACCCUGGCUCAGGUGCUGGGGAUGUUGAUUGUGGACUCCAUCCUCUAUGGCCUGGUGGCCUGGUAUGUGGAGGCUGUCUUCCCAGGGGAGUAUGGUGUGCCACAGCCAUGGUACUUCUUCUUGACGCCCUCAUAUUGGUGUGGGCAUCCAAGAACUGUCCUGGGAAAGGAGAAGGAGGAAGAGGAGGACCCGGAGAAGGCCUUGAAAAGCCAGUACAUUGAGGAGGAACCUGCUGACUUGGUAUCGGGGAUCAAAAUCAAACACCUCUCCAAGGUGUUCAGGGUAGGGAACAAGACCAAGGAGGCAGUGAAGGACUUGACUCUGAACAUGUAUGAGGGGCAGAUCACAGUCCUGCUGGGACACAAUGGUGCUGGGAAGACAACCACCCUCUCCAUGCUCACAGGUCUGUACCCUCCCACAGACGGCCAGGCAUACAUCAAUGGCUAUGAGAUCUCCCGGGACAUGGUUCUGAUCCGGAAGAGCCUGGGACUGUGUCCCCAGCAUGACGUUCUUUUUGACAACAUGACCGUAGCAGAACAUCUCCACUUCUACUCUGGGCUGAAAGGCUACCCCCCGGCCAAGUGCCCAGAGGAGAUGGACCGCAUCCUAAGGAUCUUGAACCUGGAAGACAAGCGCUUCUGUCUGGCAAAGGCACUCUCUGGGGGCAUGAAACGCAAGCUAUCCAUCGGCAUUGCACUCACUGGGGACUCCAAGGUUGUGAUGCUGGAUGAACCGACAUCAGGCAUGGACCCUGCCUCUCGCAGGGCCACCUGGGACCUCCUUCAGCAGCAGAGGAGCAAUCGCACCAUCCUGCUGACCACUCACUUCAUGGAUGAAGCAGACCUGCUGGGGGACCGCAUCGCCAUCAUGGCCAAGGGGGAGCUGCAGUGCUGCGGGUCCUCGCUCUUCCUCAAGCGCAAAUACGGCGCAGGAUACCACAUGGUGAUGGUGAAGGAGCCAUAUUGUAACCUGGGAGAGAUUUCUCGCCUCAUCUGCCAGUAUGUGCCCAACGCCACGAUGGAGAGCAAUGCAGGGGCAGAGCUGUCCUUCAUCCUGCCCAAAGAGAGCACGCAUAGGUUUGAGAUGCUCUUCACUGAGCUGGAGCAGAAGCGGCAGGAGCUGGGAAUUGCUAGCUAUGGUGCCUCGGUCACCACCAUGGAGGAGGUCUUUCUCAGGGUUGGUAAGCUGGUGGACUCAAGCAUGGAUAUCCAGGCCAUCCAGCUCCCUGCCCUGCAGUAUCAACAUGAAAGACGGUCCAAUGACUGGGCCAUGGAUGACUCCAGCAGCAUGAGUGGAAUGACUGACAUGACAGAUGACAGUGGAGCAUUGAUCACAGAGGACUGCUCUAGCAUCAAACUCAACACAGGGUUCUACCUGUGCUGCCAGCAGUUCUAUGCCAUGUUCAUGAAGCGAGCAGUCUACAGCUGGCGCAACUGGAAGAUGGUGGCAGCCCAGUUCCUAGUGCCACUGAUUUUCACUGCCUUUGCCCUGAUUGUUGCCAAGACCUUCCCAGGGCCCAGGGACUCCUCCCUGCUGAGACUGACGUUGGACCCAUACGGGCAGACUACCGUGCCUUUCUCUGUUUCGGAGGCAGCCAGCCUGUCCCAAAGCCUGGCGGAGCAGUACAUAGGGAUGCUGGAUUCUCAACACCAAGGGUCGCUGGAGGUGCUAGGUGAUCUGGAGCAAUACCUCAUCUCGCGAGCAGCUGAGGAGGGUGGUGCCUUCAAUGAGCACUACAUUGCAGCAGCGACCUUCAAUCAAGUCAAAAACCACACAGUCAUCACAGCGCUGUUCAACAACCAGGCGUAUCACUCCCCCGCCACUGCCCUGAUGCUGGUGGACAAUGCCCUGUUUAAGUUACUGGCUGGGUCCAACGCCUCCAUUGCUGUCACCAACUACCCGCAGCCCCGGAACAUUACUGAGACAGCGAAGGACCAGCUCAUGGAAGGGCAGACUGGGUUUGCUAUCGCUGUCAACUUGCUCUAUGGGAUGGCUUCCUUGGCCAGCACCUUUGCCCUCCUGUUGGUCAGCGAGAGAGCCAUCAAGGCCAAGCAUGUGCAGUUCGUCAGUGGGGUCUACGUGGUGAAUUUCUGGCUCUCAGCCCUGCUCUGGGACCUCAUCAACUUCCUCAUUCCCUGUGUGCUGAUGCUGGUGAUAUUCCAAGCUUUCGACGUGCAAGCUUUCACCCAGGACAACCACCUUGUUGAUGUGAUGCUGAUCUUCCUCCUUUACGGCUGGGCUAUCAUUCCCCUCAUGUACUUGCUCAGUUUUUUCUUCUCUGUGGCUGCCACAGCCUACACACGCCUUACCAUCUUCAACAUCCUCUCGGGCACAGCCACCUUCCUGGCAGUCACCAUCAUGAGCAUUCCAGAGCUGGGCCUAGUGGACCUCUCCAAGACCCUGGACAAAAUCUUCUUGAUUCUACCCAACUACUGCUUGGGCCAGUGCAUCAGUGACUUCUACCAGAACUAUGAGUUUAUCCAGUUUUGCACCUCUUCUGUUGAAGCCAUCAUCAUCUGCAAAGCAUUCAAUAUCAGUUAUCAGAUGAAUUAUUUCUCAUGGGAGACACCAGGGAUUGGAAAAUACCUGACCUCCAUGGCUGUCCAGGGAUUCUCCUUCCUCUUCCUCCUCUUUCUAAUUGAAACAAACCUCCUCUGGAGACUGAGGACUGUGGUCUGUGGCAUCUGUAAGAGGAGGAAAUGGACACUGCUGCUGAACAGGGUGCCUGUGCUGCCAGAGGAUCGGGAUGUGGCGGAUGAGAGGAAGAAAGUAUUGGAGUCCCCACCAGAGUUGCUGGCAUCAUUAAGCAGCCCCCUGGUUAUCAAAGAGCUCACCAAGGUGUAUGACAGCCAGGAGUCCCUGCUGGCUGUGGACCGGAUCUCCUUGGCAGUCAGCAAAGGGGAGUGCUUUGGUCUGCUUGGCUUCAAUGGAGCCGGCAAAACCACUACCUUCAAAAUGCUGACAGGUGAUGAGAGCAUUACAUCAGGGGAUGCCUACGUGGAUGGCCACAGCAUCCUGGCCAAUAUCAAAAAGGUCCAGCAGCGGAUCGGCUACUGCCCUCAGUUUGAUGCCCUCUUGGACCACAUGACUGGCCGGGAGACACUGAGCAUGUACGCCCGUCUACGGGGCAUCCCCGAGCGCUACAUCGGCAGUUGCGUAGAGAACAUGUUGCGGGGGCUGCUCCUGGAGCCCUAUGCGGACAAGCUUGUGAAGACCUACAGUGGUGGCAACAAACGCAAGCUGAGCACUGGCAUUGCUCUGAUUGGUGGCCCUCCUGUGAUCUUUCUGGACGAGCCCUCCACUGGCAUGGACCCUGUAGCCAGGCGUCUGCUCUGGGAUGCCGUGACCAGGACACGGGAAUGCGGGAAGUCUAUCAUCAUCACCUCGCACAGCAUGGAAGAAUGUGAGGCCUUAUGCACCAGGCUGGCCAUCAUGGUGAAUGGGCAGUUCAAAUGCCUGGGCAGCCCGCAGCAUUUGAAGAGCAAAUUCGGCAGUGGGUACACACUGCUGGCAAAAACGCAGGUUGACGAGGAGGGUGAGCUGCAGGCCUUCAAGGCCUUUGUGGAGAAGACUUUCUCAGGGAGUGUCCUGAAGCAUGAACACCAAGGCAUGGUCCAUUAUCACUUGACCAACAAGAACCUCAGCUGGGCACAGGUCUUUGGGGCACUGGAGAAAGCCAAAGAGAAGUACUGCCUGGAGGACUACUCCGUCAGCCAGAUCUCCCUGGAGCAGGUCUUCAUGAGCUUCACCCGCUUCCAGCACUACACAGAGGACCGAGGGAAAUGAACAGCAGCCCGACCCCCCACCCUCACAGACUGACCUGCCGCCUAUACAUAGUAUAUAUAGAGACAGUAAUUUAUAUUAUUGGCGUGUGUCUGAAAUACCGUAUACAUGUAAGAGAGGUUUCACCGUGGAGGGAUGGCAUCUUCCACUGUCAGCAGGAUGAGGACCAUGAGUGGGCUGUGCAUGUGCUGGUGUGGGGGAUUGUGUGGGGCAUGGAAAGCAAAACUAGCAUGCCUGCACCCUGUGGCCCAUUGCUGAUAUAGUGGCAUUUCACCAGCUUUCCCUGCCUUUCAGGCAGUGAAAGAAAGGCCAGCAGCAGGGCACCAGCCAGGGGGUGACUGGGCCCAGUGCCCAUCUCUGUCCCAUGCCAGCCCCUCACCAUGCCAUUGCUGCUUGGCUCCAGGGGAGAGGAGAUGAGGUGGGGGCUGGAAAGGUGUCAGAUCACCCCUCUGGGUUGAUGUCAGUGCUGCUGAGGACUACAGACAUCUCUGUUAGGAGGAGUGGGCAGUCCCCAAAUGCCUGUGCUGCAUGAGAGGCCCCUUUGCCAUCGGUGUUCACACCACCCACACCAUAGCCACUGUCUGCAGCAGGGGCUGGAGAAAGCACCUCUGGUUCUGCUCUCCCUGUGCCCCUGGUGAGGGGGGAAGCAGCGAGUGCCUGGUCUGUUGUCGUGGCUGUGAGGGGAAGAGAACCUCCUGCCCCUGUUGCAGUCACUUACUCAUCCUUGGCACAUCCUCACACACACUUAUUGCACUUCCCCCCCACCCCCCAGGACCACGCUCACAGGUGGCAGCCUCCUGGCCUCUGCAUGCAUGUUGAAUUGUAACCGUAGUUGGUUGCUGUGAUGUAACGGGACACUGUCAAGUAGCUUAGAGCCAGAACUGCACUUGGUGAAUGCAGACCUGCCAGGGACCAUCCACCACAUUUAGAUGGAAAGGGCAGAGUCACUUUUGCUUGCCUACAGGCCUGCAGACAGACAGAUCUUUCAUCCAUUCUGCUUGCCAGGCCGCGGCCACAGAGGGAGCAAAGGCCUGGUCUAGCUUCUCCUCAGCUCUUCUGGGAAAGAUCAUGGUGCCUGUCCUGCUGCUGUUCGACACGGGGUGAGACUUGUCCUGUGCUCAGCUGGGAGACUGCAGUCAGCAGGAAGCUGUUUUCCACACGAGGAUGCAAGUCACCACAGCCAUGGAAAGUGCCAGUUGCCCCCUGCAGAGCUCCUGCUGCCUAGUAGCACUUGGAGGAGUUGCUCAGGUGACACUAGCACCCAGCCUGGACUCACGGCACAGCCAACACUUCAUCCUUCGUGGCCAGUAGCUUUGUAAAUCCAAGGUUAGGGUGAUGGAAAGACCAUGCUAAGUUUUCAGGAUUAAAACUCCCCCUCCCCCAUUCACGCACAGCCUGCGUGCAAAGGAAAUCAUCAUGCUCUAGAAAAAACCCCAGGUGAGCCAUUCGUGGGCACAGCCACCUUAGGGGUCUGUGGGGCUGUGCGCGGCACACAGUCAUCCUGGGGAGAGCCAUCUGAGAAGGGCUAUUCUGACUCUGCAUAAAGUGCCCUGCAGAGAGGACAUGGAGCCAUGGCUGGGGAGAGCUGUUGCCUUUGUGUAUAGUCUACCGGGACAAGCACCCACUCCCUCCUGGUUUGCUUGGUUUUUCCUGCCCAUCAUGUACACACCCUGCAGUCAGCCGCGACCACUGAGGCCUUCCCUUGAGGCCUUCUCCUGGUGCUGCUGAAUCCAUUCACGAGGUGCCCCGGGCCACCACUGAUCCGUCCUUGUGGCAACCCAGACACAGCGUAUACCUCUUGGACUUGACCAGGACCUGCUGAAACAAGCAUCAGCUCCGCACUGAGCCCUGUGUAUGCUGCUGGCUAGCUCACCAAAAACCACUGCGGCAGCCAGACAAACACCACUUAAAA